UUCUUUCUAGGAGGCAGCCCUUGGCACGCUCCAACUUUGGGUUUCCGAACGACACCCGCCAUCCUGCUCUUUUUUUCCGCGUGUUCCCCCGACCGCAUUCUAUGCGGGUCACGAAACCGCAAGCGGAGGUCCGCUGCGGGCUGUCUCGGAAAGCUGGUUCUGGGAGACCCGACGUGCGGUGUAGGCUGCCUUGGUUCGUGGUGAUAGUCGUCUUUCCCCAGACCUGCAGAAAAACCUCCUCACUGUCACUUCAAAGCAUCUGCGUCACUGUUUCAUGACAGCACAUCGGUUGCGACCGCUCGUGAACGUCUGAAGCACGCCGCCUCAAGCUGCAUGAAGAACACUAUGCGAGCCAGCGUACAGGGCACGGCGCUAUAUUCUUGAUGCUCGCGUUAUCUUGCAGCGGACGUUAUAACAGACUUCUGAGUUCUUCGCUUGCCCGUUUGCUGUCUGCAAGCGACGCAGAUUGUGACGCUCACUGCAACAGACUUACCGCCGCGUACGACGCCUCGCUUGCCUCCACGCACCCAGGCGCUCGCCGUUACAGUACCGUGUGCGCUUCCCGCCUCGUCUACAUCUCACAUGAAUACCGCGUUACGCGCGUCAUACUUAGCGGAGAAGGAACGACAGAGGAGGUACCUUCCCGUCUUGCUUAUUCGUUGGUGAAUACAAACGAUGGAGGGUGUUACUAGCCAACUCGUACACCGCUACUCCGAACGAGAUAUAAUCGGAGUGUACAUCGAGUGGGCAGGGACUCGUUCAUCUCGGGAGCUCUCGACCUGCCACUCCAAGAGCCGUUCGCGCAUGCCUUUGGGCAUAGUGGCAUGGAAACAAUCACUUCGAAACACAUGAGCAUGGCGACUCGAAUCUGUCGGGAG